AUGGGAAAUAUCAAAUGGGUGGUGGCGGGCAAAGACAUGCGUUGCUAUUGUUUUGCGGCAAAUCUCCAAAGCUUGGAAACGGUACCGGGAAAUACCUUUUUGGGAAAGGUGGAGUUGGUCAUGAAUUUUGGGUGCGGCCUGCUGGCGAACCUCUGCAUUGUUACCUUGUUUGGUCGAGCGAUGUGGACGGGGAUCGCGCAGUCCUUUAUUGCUUUCUUGCGCCUCUUCUCUCAUUUCAUUAUUCGAGGAUGGACUAUUCUUACUACUAUUGGUCGAUGUUCCGGCGGUGCAGGUCUAGCACCUCGCGACACUGGAAACGGUUGGUGGUGGUGGAGUCAUACCUUGUCUGGGCACUUUCGCGAGCAUCUCGGAAGAGUUGUGUGUUUCUUGGGUAGCGGUUUUGAGACGAUAAAUGGCUCUUGUGGUUUCUGGGUCGGAGAACGGGAUACCUUUUGGGGUUGUACAGGAAACGCUCAAGAUGCGAAUGGUGUUGAAUGGGAUUAG